AGGGCCGCUAAGAAACGUCCAAAAGACUACAAAACUUGAGUUCUUGCUUCCAGCAUCGAGAAGUUGUUUUGAAGUGUGUUGAGAGGGUGUGUUUUGAUACACAAACAUUUAACCUUGGAGUAUGGAGUGCGGAAUGUGCUAGUGUUUUUAGAAUAGUGUGUUUGUUCUAUUUGGUGUGUGUUCUGCUGGACAUUGCCUGAAAUGGCGUUAGAACUUGAAACAGAAAGUUCCGCACCGUCACCGGCCCACACCGGACAAAGGGUUCAGCCGGCCACACAAACUCUGGCGUUUUCUAUAGAAAAAAUACUCUCUCCAGAUUUUGGCAAGAGGGAGAGGACACUAAAUUAUCCAAAAGGACAUGAUACCAAUGAGAACUCGAGAGAUAUAACACCUAUGAGUCCCUCAGACGAUUUAAAAAAGAAUUCACUACCUGUUUGGGUGUUUUGCACGAGGUACAGCGCACGUGCAAGCUCAGGUCCACGCAGAGCCAGGUCCAAAAAGCCCAAGAACAGCAGCGAACAAGACCUUACAGAUGAUGAUGAAAGCCCAAGAAGCAGGAGAAUGAAAAAGACUUCUGAUGGUAAGGCUGACAAAAGACCUCGCACCGCAUUCAGCAGUGAACAACUAAACAGACUACGGCAAGAAUUUUCAGAAAAUCGUUAUCUAACCGAACGAAGGCGACAAGAUAUGGCGAGAGAUCUGAAAUUAAAUGAAUCUCAGAUUAAAAUAUGGUUCCAAAAUAGACGAGCAAAGUUGAAAAAAAUAAAUCCCAGAAGGUCUCCACUGGCAUUGCAAUUAAUGGCAGAAGGUUUAUACGACCACCGCACGCUACCUGUGAAAGAUGACGAUGAUGACGAGAGACCGAAAUCAUCUUCUUCGUCAUAAAACAAAAUGACACAAAACAAAGAAAUGAACUCUUCUGUGAUUACCCACCGUGUCACUUUGCACCUUCAAGUAGGAAACCGCUGCACAGCCAGGUGCUGUUCAUGGCCUUCUCAACAGGACAUUUUACUCAACUGACAAAAAUGGAAUGCCAGCAGAUUCCCUUGAAAAUACCUUACGUGCAACUUUACGAACCCUGUGGUUACUUUAGGGAACUCGGAUGACCAGUAGCUAUUACCAAAAAAACAUAAGAAAAAAAAUCCUUCCCUGUAAAACAAAGACUUUGCCAGUUUAGAACUUUUCAUUCUUAGGCCUAAUGGGAAAUGUGAUAAAUCCUACUAGGUCUGCAUUUUCCUUGGCUUCUUAAACUUCGAUUUCUUGACGUAAUCGACUUAAUUUAUUCUUCAUCAUGUUAAAACUCACAUGGCAUGGUGUAAUUACAUCACUGUACUUAGCCGUAGAGGGGAAAAUUAUUUAUUGAAUUCCAUUGGGGAGGAAAAGUUUUAUACGUCACAUCCGUUCCAAACUUUUAUGUUCGAAAGUUCCUUUGUAUUAUACUUUUUAGUGACAGUAAAUAUUUUAGAGCUGUAUAUAUUAUAAAAAGGAUUUUUCCCAUGUUUUGUUUCAUACGUAUUCGAUUGCUUUUUGAAAAAGCUCCAAUUGCAUUCUUCUAAAUAAUGAUAAAAUCCCAGUGAAUAAUGCAUUAAAAGGUGAAGAACGUUAAAUAUUGUUUCAAAUAAUUUCUGAGUAUGUAGUUCAGUGAUUUUUCCUUCAAAAUGCAAUCACAUCGUUAUAUCUAUCCACGGAAUAUCCAGAAAUUAAUAGAUUUGUCAUUCUUAACAUAGAUAGUGUCUU